CGUCUACAAGCUCUCGAAGUUGAGGUGUGCCUGUUUCUCACUUUGACCGUCGCUGAAAGCCCUCUGUUCCAGGAUAGCUGCGAAUAUACUUCUUUGAUACUCCUUUCAUUUCUAGUACUAUCUGUCCCAAGGACCUUCCUGUUCGAAUAGAUAAUUAUCCAUUUCCUCGGGUGAAGAGCUUUCGAAAUGGCAGACCGUCAUACUAAUAUUGUCCGCCGUCGUCGCGGCACAGCUUGGAGCUCCGCGGAUGAGGACCCAUGGCUGGCCUCUCAGUUUGUGCUCGGAACACCGGUAGAGAGCUUCCAUGUCAAUAUGCCGGGAGGUGGGAAUCGCACACAGCUAGGAGUCUCCAUUCAGAUCAGCAAUAUGCGCACUCAGUCAAUUCUACCCACUCGCUGGACAGACCCCUUUUACGCUGCCAGGGACAGCAACAAUUGGAAGAUGCCAGAGGAUAUCGAGAUCCUUCAGUGGCAUGUAUGGGGCCGCAAAUCCUUGGACGCACGUGUCUUUUUCGACAUGGACCGCUCGGCGCAGGGUGUUGCCCGACGUGCGGAUUAUCUCUGCCAGGACCAAAGCUUGGUCGAUGAGGCUAAGCGCGCUGAGGGACAGGCGUUACAGAAGCAGUCUGCUGACGGGGACCGCGCAGCUGAGCUAGCUAUUGGAAAUGCUAUAAGUAAAUCGCUUAAGAAUAGGCGUUAGCGAAGCUGAUAUGUUUGCUGAUUUAACAUGUGGGUGAAGAUUCAUGUCACUGAGUGGCUGGACCAUGAUUUGGAUUUUCACAUUAGUGAAGGAAGUAAUGGGCAAUAGGGUGGAGCUGGUACUCUCUUUGGAUGUUGUGAAGAGUCUUGAUCUUCUCUGUUGGAGUAGAAAGCAAUGAGAAGUAAGAGUUCAUCUUUUUGAGCAGCGGUCGAGAGACAAGAUAGGCUCCAUAAGCAGUAUAUGCAGUCCCGCUUUGAGU